AUGACCAGCAACAGAAACGGCAGUAGCCAAAGUCGCAGCGCCAAGGACAGAUUUUCGGGAGUCUCCACAGCCAUGCAGCGGUUUAUAGAGAAGGUAAAACCAAAGAAGUCGGACGGUGGACUUCAGACGCAAGAUCACAGGAAAAACCUGACCAUUUUGGACCAAAGGUUGGACCUGCGCAUAGUGGAUGUAGAGACGGGACUGGAACGGGUGAAAGACGAGAUUGAAAAGGUGGACCCCUCUGGUGAAACCGCUAUAGCUGAGGCGACGAAGUACUUCCAACAACUAAAACAAAUGGUGGAGGACAGAGAAAAAGAAGUUCUCGAAGAAAUCGAAAAAUCUUGCACGGAAAGGAAGUCCGAUCUCAGAGCCCAAAAGGCGGCCAUGAUGUUCCAGAAGGUCACCUUGAAGAACGCGGCAAACAUGAGCGAAGACAUGUUAAAACCCGAACGGAACGCCACCGACGAAGAACUGCAGGAGAUGAAGGAAAAAAUCACGGACAGCUUCGGCGCCAUGAUGGAGAAAACGUACCUGCCUGUUUCCGGGGUGGUGAAGUUUACCAAAUCGCCUGGACUGGAAGUCCUGGAGAGUGUUGUCGGUACUGCAGGCGGGGUGUCCUCCAAGAUGGCAGGCCUUACGGACAGGCCCAACCUAACGUUCGGCAGGUUCGGGCGCCAAAACGGGGAGUUCGACGGUCCCACGGGCAUGGCAGUACGGCCAAGCGGGCACAUAGCGAUCGUAGACAAGGGGAACAGCCGGGUCCAAGUGUUCGACGACAAGGGCACCUUCCUCAAGUCCUUCCGGACCAACUGUAAGAUCUGCAUGGGGCUAGACGCAGACGACGAUGGGAACUACUUCAUCUCAUCCUGGUCAGACGAAUGUGUGAUGAAGUUCACCAAAACAGGCGAGCUGGUCAACAAGUAUCCGCUGGAGGACGGGCGGACGAGGUUCAACCCGUGCGGGCUCAAAGUCGUCUCUGACCGCUUCAAGAAGGAGAUACCACUCCUGAGUAAGGAGCCUGGACAGGUUUUGGUGGUCGUCGAUAACUACAGCAAUUGCGUUCUCCUUCUGAGAGUGGAUGGUGAAAAGUUGGGCAUCAUAAAGCAGAUAGGAAAGGACAAGUUAGAAGCGCCGAGGUACGUUGUAGUGGAUCAGAAACGCUGCCUCAUCUUAGUCACCGACAUCGAAGACAACGAAGUCGUGGCCUUCAACUUCAGUGGCGAAGAAGAGUUCAGCUACGGGGAGAGGGGCGAUGAAGACGGAGAGUUUGAGGGACCGUCGGGGAUCGCCAUCGACAAGCAAGACCAGACCAUCAUCGUGGCUAACCACUAUGACAGCAGGAUUCAGAUCUUCAAGUACGACACGUGUGAGGACGGGCUGACCCUGUCGUACCAGAGGACGAUCGCUAGGCGGCACUUGGGCAGCCCGUACGAUAUGUGCGUGUCGCAGAACCGCUACGUUCUGGUGGCCAACUACCGUACCAACUGCGUGGAGGUGUACAGGUACAAACUCUGA